AUGAAGGGAGUACAGGCACUGGUCCAGGAGAUUGUUGGACAACAUGUUCCGCAGAGUCUGUUGGUAGAUAACAGUGCUGCUGUUUCCAUCAUCAAUGGAUGUCAGGGAUCAUGGCGCACCCGUCAUUUGAAGGUCCGGUGUGCUUUCAUUUCAGACUUGGUGCAGCAGGGAGCUUUGGCCGUGAACCACAUCAGUGGAACGAGGCAGUUAGCGGACCUCCCGACGAAGUUGCACAGCAAGGUGAGAAUGUCAGAACUGAUGACGCUUUGGGGCUUCAUUGGAGGACCUCUGGCUAGGAUCAGCGACCGAGUGAAGCUGGCCACCUUGAUCUGUGUGAUUGUUGCUCUUCAAGCAGCUCCAGCAGAAGCCUCAGAGGUGUCAAGCCCUCAGAGAAGUGUACCGCUGGCUGGAUGGGAUGAGCUUACAUUGGUGACGGUUUUGGUCUGCAUUGCUGCUGUUGGGAUGUGGGAGCUUGUGAAAAGAGUGAUUUCUUGGGUUCUGGGAAUUCGCGAGGAGACAUCAAAGGAGAGAAGGCUGAGAAGGCUUCGGGAUGUUGCUCGUUCAGCUGCUCAGGAGGAGCUGGACCGGGAAUCCUUGAGGAGGGAACUGGAGGCAGAGUCCGCCAGCCUGAGGAUCAUCGAAGCAAGGUUCACACGAAUCGAGAAUGCCAUGGCCUACGGAAUGCUGGUGCAGUAUUUGCUACGGAGUACU